AUGGGGCUGUGUGGCUCCUGCCCCUCCAGCGCGUUGGGGCUGUGGAGGCAACGGCGUCAGCAAAAGAGACCCGUGCCAGGCAGGGAGGAGGCAGGGGCUCGGCCGCCGUGCCCCACGUGUCCCCUGCGCCGCCUGCUCCUCCCCGCCUCUCCAGCCCGGCAUAAAAGCGCGGCCCUGGGUGAGCACUGGCAUCCGCCACUCCUGCCUCGCUCUGCUCAGGAAAAGGGUAGCUCUCUCACGCCAAGCAAGAUGUCUUGCUACGACCUGUGCCCACCAAAGACCAGCGUUGCCGUCCCCCAGCCCAUCGCUGAGAGCUGCAACGAGCUGUGCGCCCGCCAGUGCCACUCCUCGGCCUUCAUCCAGCCGCCCCCAGUCGUCGUCACCUUCCCCGGCCCCAUCCUCAGCUCCUUCCCCCAGCAAGCCGUGGUGGGCUCCUCCGGAGCACCCGCCUUUGGGGGCUCCCUGGGGCUGGGGGGCCUCUACGGCGCCGGGGCCACCCAGGCCUCGGGGGGCCUCUGCACCUUUGGCAGACCCUACGCUUCUCCCGCCCUCAGCCCUUACGUCCUGCCCCGCUACAGCAAGAAGAUCUGGGACACCUAUGGGCCCUGCUAG